CUUCCUGUUUCCCCGCCCUCAGUCAGCUGUCAGUCGGCUGUUUGCAAACAGCUCCGUCCGCGGGGUCCGUAUGGUGUCUGCCGCGGCCCCUGCGCCCCCAGUAGCCCCUCCACGAUGGGGGAAAACGACGACAGCGAUAUCAUAGAGCACCACGUCGAGGAGGAGAUGGAGAAGAAGGGCACGAGGAGCCACGCAGCGUCCUCCUCGUUCCUGGGGAGCGUCAGUCCAUCCGAUAGAGAGGGCCACAGCAGCACCCAGUCCUCCCACAGACUGCUGGCCUACAGCGACGCCCUCAUCUCCAUCAUCGCCACUGUCAUGAUAUUACCUGUUGCUCAUACGAAGAUGGAGGAUAAUGAGGAAUUGAGAGAGAGCGUUCAGCUGCUGCUCACAACAAAAAUUGCUGUUUACUUAAUGACAUUCCUGAUAGUGACUGUUGCCUGGGCGGCUCAUAUCAGGUUGUUUCAAGUGAUCGUACGGAUCGAUGACUGCCUUGCCUUGCUGAACCUCGCCUGCAUGAUGCUGAUAACCUUUCUGCCAUACACAUUUUCUUUAAUGGCGACUUUCCCAGAGAAAAUCCUCGGGAUUUUACUGUUUUGUGGUUGUGUGAUGGUGAUCGGCGUCAUUCAGUCGGUGAUUGUGUUGUACGCCUUCAGUCGCCCCUUCCUGCUGAACGAACAGAUUCAGAUCUCGGAGAACCAGAUCUACUAUAAACACCACAUCCUCAAAGUCAUCAUGAGAGUGCCCCUCAUGUGCUUCUUCGCCAGCAUCUUCUCCUUCAUCUUCUUCGAGCUGUCUUACGUGCUGUUAGCCAUUGUCAUCUUCCUGCCCUACAUCUCCCAGUGUUUGAAGUGGUGUCGCAGCAAAGCAAUCGGUCAGGUGGAUGAGACUCCAGACUCCAUGCUGUUCUACACCUACCUGCCUAAUGAACCCCUCAGUAAAGAGCGAGUGGAGGCUUUCAGUGAUGGAGUUUACGCCAUCGUAGCAACGCUUCUCAUCCUGGACAUAUGUGAGGACAACGUUCCCAACCCAACUGUCGUGAAGGAGCAGUUUGGCGGCAGCCUGGUCACGGCUCUGCAGGCCUACGGCCCGGAGUAUCUCGCCUACUUCGGUUCCUUCGCCACUGUCGGCCUUCUCUGGUUUGUCCACCACUCGCUCUUCCUCCACGUCACCAAGACAACACGCUUCAUGGGCCUGCUGAACACCUUCUCGUUGGCGUUCGUCGGAGGUCUGCCUUUGGCCUAUCAGCUGACGCACGAGUUCCCGCACAACUCCCGCAACGAACUGGAAGCCAUUCAGAUUAGCUGUGUGAUCAUUUUCUUCGCAGGUAUAUUUCAGCUCACCAUCUGGGUGGUCGCUCUUUACAAUGAGCAGGAAACCCUGCACCCGUAUGUGCGGUACGGUGGACGUGAGCACGUGUUCAUGCUCGCUAAGCUAGCUCUGUACCCCUGCAUAGCUUUAGGGACAUUUUUCCUCACAUGUAUCCUGAGUAAAUUUAGCGCCUCAAUUUUCCACCUGAUGGAGAUCACGGUGCCUUUUGCUUUUCUCGUGUUGAGGCUCUUGGUGCGUGUCGGGCUAGCGCUGCUACGGCAAAUCUUCUGUCCCGACAGGCCCGACCCAAAGACUGUUGUAGAGGAGGAAGAUGACGAGACGAGGGUGCCAUUCAACGCUUUAGUCACCUAGCUAGCUUGAAGGGGGGUGGCUGCAGAAAAUGAAGAAAACUGACAGAGCUGUGAGGCAUUACUGCUUAGAUUUGACCUCUCAUCAGGAGGAGCCCGUUGGGGUUUGAACCAGGAAAAAUGGAAAGUGGAUUCUCCUCGUUCAAAUCUCGGGAGGGAAUCAGUGCACGUUGGAAAAGAUGUGACCAAACACGUUGAAGGCGAAUAUGGACUCUGUAGAGGUUAAGAAAACACUUAGUGGACCAGAGUAGUGAGGGAUACUGACAGCCAAAGCCUAGCUACUCAUGAAAUUCUUGUAAACCUAACAUGCAGAAUAUACUUAUGCUAGAUGUGAUUAGCAAGUAAUCAAAAACAGUCUCUAAAGCUUUUUUUUUUUUUUAACCAACCUUCAGUAAGGUUUUUCCCGCUUUGAUUUUAUCAAUCCCAAAGCGGGAAAUGGUAAAAAUUGAGAAUGGCUGUUUUCUUGUUUACAGGGAUGGCUCCAAAUCAUGUAGCUAGCUGAAUGACUUAGCUAAUCGUUCCAUUCACCCUGAAACACGCAGGGUCGACAGAGCAGAAAGAUGUUUUUUUAUAAUUAGGAUUUAAGUUUCUGUGCCAAGUACAGGUCGUCUCUAUUGGAAAGACGUGACGUGCAUUUGGUACCUAUUUACUUAUAAGGCCGUUAUUGAGAACAUACCACCUUCCAUUACAUCUCUCCCGGUCAGAUCAGUUGGUACGCGCCAAAACUCGGGUCGUAUGAUCGGCUAACAGUCAAUGUGGACAGCAUUUGGAUUUGAUGCUGAAGUCACUUGGAAAUAGCACUUCAAAACAAUGAUAGUCUUAUAAGUUAUCCAAAUUUUAGAAACAUUUCAAACCGUCCCAAAACAGAAUGCAAUUGUUUUAACUUUAUUUUUCCUCACUGGAUAAAUGGCUGUGUUUUAAUUAUGGCAUUUUAUAUGCUACAGUUUUGUAGUUUUUAUUGUUUAUUUAAAUUGUAUUGUGAAUUAUUUUUCUAUCCAUCUAUUUGCUCAUUAAUUGUUUUGUUUUUUUAAUGUACAUUCAGGUUUCUCAAUGGGACUCACCUGAAUAAAUAAAAGGUAAAUCAUUA